AUGGCGACUCACUCAAACACCUCAUUUUCCCUUUCGCAAGGAAAAGAGAACAACACUAUUGCCAUUGGGCUUCUUCUCUGUCUCGUAAUAAUAAUCAUUGUAGUGGUUGUUUCUCUGAUCCUUGAUCGUGUUCUCAUCCACUACAAAGAUGAAGUUAAGUGGAUAGUGAGAGAAUUGGAGUCACUAGAAGCUCUGAUAAAAGAUUAUGAUCAACUUGUGGAGGAAGGGCACAAGGUAGAAUCACGAGCCUGUCGUUUCUGGAAUUCAGAAGACCUAUCUGGGAUUCAUCUGCAGCUAAGUGAAGCUGAGAGUAAUUGGGUAAAAUCAACAAGAAAAGUGGUUGGCGAUGCAAAAGACUGUGUCACCAACUACUACAAACAAAGCCGAGGAGUGCUUCGUGUUUUUCCCACGGCUAUCUUCAGAUUAAUACCCAUUAAAAAUGUUCGUGAUCAAAUACAUGUGGUCAGAAGAAAGAUGGAAGCUCACAUAACAAAGACAGAUGAAGAUCCAAAGGACAUCUAUAAAUCCAUGGAGAGGUCAAGAUCUCAGAAUAGAAGUCUCCUGGACCAAUAUACAAUUGAAGAGACCAAUAUAUCUGUAGAAGCACAAAAUCAAAAUCAAAAUCAAAAUCAAAAUCAAAAUCAAAAGCAAAAGAAGCCUUCUACAAGUAUAGAUGAACUAAUAAUGAAGAUCAAAGACCAAAUUUCUAGCAUGGAAGAGAGAUGGUCUAUAUAUCUGCUACUUCCACUGCAUGCUUUCGUGAUGGAUUUGAGUCAGCUUCAGUUAGAAACUGAAACAGAAAAGCUCUGGAAAAGAGAAGCGGAAAAAUUAAUUUCAGAAGCAGAGGCCAGCAUUAGCAAAUUCUCAUGGUGGGUUUCAAGAUUUAGCAGAUCAAAUAAUUACAUUCCCAUAGUAACGCAUCAAUUCAGAGUGGACAUGAAGCGCAUUGUCACUGACUUUGAUGGCCUGCUUGCAAGGAAGGACAAGUAUAAAUUCGCUUUUAUCGAUAGAGCUGCACAAAAGUCAACCUUCACAUACAAUACAGAUGACAAUGAAAUCACAUCAGCUGUAAGAAGCAUCCGCAGCCAGCAGAUCAAGCGUGAUUGGAGCCCAAAGCAAGUAGCUGAAAUCAUCUCAAUGUGUCAAGCAUUGGAAGAAAGGCAUAAAGAGCUUCAGAGAACAGAAGAAACAGCGGGGAGAACCGCUUGUUUAGAGCUACUAAAGUCCAUGGCAAAGGAGGUGGACAUUUUUCUGGAAAAAUAUAUGGAAGAACCUGAGCUCAAUCGUCGAGAGAUCAGAAAUGCUAUUGAUUUUCUACAGAAUAUAACAAAAAUUUGCAGCAUCGAAAGACAGAAGUCAACCAAAGUAGUUGGUGUGAAAAAUGAAGUACGGGAUUUAGUCUCGAAGCUGACCACGAGUACUGGCAAUCCUUCGACACUUUCCAUAGUAGGGAUGAUAGGUGUGGGGAAGACAACUCUUGCAAAGGCAAUUUUUUACAACAAAGUUGUUGUCCAGCACUUCCCUAUUCGUGUCUGGGUGACAUUAACCGAAGGAGCUGCCUACAAAGCACAAGUUUUACUGAUGAAAGAGGAUGGGACUAAAGACCAGACAUUGUAUGUCACUCAGGUAUGUGAUCACUUGAAAGAGAAGCAAUGCCUUGUUGUUCUAGAUAAUGUCUCAAAAACAGAAGAUUUUGAUAAAGUAAACCAAAGAUUAUCUGGAUCUGGAUGGGCAAAUGGGAGCAGAAUAUUGCUGACGACACGCUUUAAGAAUGUGGCCUUGCAUCCUGACAGCAUUAGCACCCCUCAUCAAAUUCGACUACUAACAAAGGAAGAGAGUUUGGCGUUGUUUGUGAGGUUGACCGGCACCGAAUGGACCGAAUCAGAACGACAAGUGAAAAAACUUGCAAGAAAGGUAGUGGCAAGAUGCGGGGGCUUACCAGUUGCAAUCUUAUCUCUUGGGUGUGUCAUGUCAGCUAAAGGCAUGACUGAAAAUAACUUAAUGUGGGUGCUUGAUCGAAUCAAUCAUGGCCUUCACAAAGCACAAUGGCUGCAAGCUUGGGAAAAGAACAAGCAAGAACUGAGUGAAACUCUGAGUAACUGUCUUUAUUACUUCACACUCUUCCCUGUAGACUUUGAAAUCCCAGCACGGAGAUUAGUUAAUCUAUGGGUUGCGGAAGAAUUGGUGGAACAAAACGAACAGCAGACACCCGAAGACACUGCAGAAGGGUAUUUAGAAGAGUUGAGAGACUGCAACAUGAUUCAAGUAGUGGCACUAAAGUCUAAUUCCAAGAUCAAGACAUGUCGCCUGCCAUGUAUGCUCAGAGAAAUCAUAUUGCGAGGAAGCGACAGAAUAAACCACAGCCAGUGCUCAGUUACACGAUUAGAGCGUCGAUUUGCCUACUGUUUUGAUGACCGUGGUCUUGAUGCAAAUUCGGCAAACGUAUUCAGCAAGAAAGAAAUUCCCCAAUCUGUUUUUUUCUUUGACAAGCGAGAGGGAAGUAAGCCGGGAGAACACAUAAGGAAGAUCCUUUCAACAGGCCUGGCAAGUGAGCAGUUCAUGGAGAUAAGAGUUCUUGAUCUAGAACGUGUGUUCAGACCUCAGUUGCCUAAGACUUCGAGUAAGUUAAUUCAUCUUAAGUACCUUAGCUUAAGGUGGACUUACUUGGAGGAAUUGCCACCAUUCAUAGGUAAACUUCUGAACCUGGAAACACUGGAUUUAAAGCAUACAUGUAUCCGUGUCCUCCCUAGUUCGAUCUGGAAAUUGAAGAAGCUGAGGAACUUAUAUCUGAACCAUAAAUAUCGAAGUAGACUCGAGGGCAAGCUGCGUGGAAACUUUCAGGAGAAUCUCCGCACACUAUGGGGUGUGUUCAUGUAUGGGAGUUGCCCUCUUCUUCCUGAUCUUCACAGGCUGAAGAACCUUGAAAAAUUAAAAUUAGCUUUCCAGUUGACCAAAAAAGAGCAAAAGACACUUGCCAGCAUGAUUGUGCAACUUAACCAGCUUCAUUCAUUGAGGCUAAGAUCAGUAGAUGAAAUGGGUGAUCCUGAACAACUAAAAUUGAAAGACAUGUCAAUGCUGGAGAAGCUCUCAUCCCUCCAGUUGUUUGGGAAUUUAGAGGAUAGACUACGCAGCAGCCGUCUCCCAAACAACAUUACUGAUCUCACCUUGUCUGCUUCAAAACUGUCAUAUGAUCCUAUGCCAGAGUUGCAGAACCUGCGCGAGCUUAGGUCACUGUGUUUUUAUGCUGGCUCUUAUACAGGAAACAUCAUGGUUUGUACCACAGGAAGCUUUCAAAAACUUGAAGUGCUGAGAUUAUGGAAUUUAUGGGACCUGGAAAAAUGGGUGGUGGAGGAAGGAGCAAUGCCUAGCCUCGUGGAGUUUGAAGCCCGCAAGUGCGAAAAUCUGGCAGUUCCCACUGGGUUGAGGCAUUUGAACACUCUUCGCUGGAUAAAGUUGCAUGAAAUGCCACAGCCAUUCAUGGAGGAAAUCUUAAAUCUUAGGGAGACGUUAUUGGAUGACGUUGAGAUUGCUCAUUGA